AUGGCGGGCAAGGACAAGGCCUUUGAGAGAGUCGAAGCCGCCAUCGCGCAUACGCGGGCGGAUAUCGCAGCAUUGACUCGUUACUUUGACCAAUGCGAGGUGCUGGCCGAACUCUACUCUCGUCCCGUCUAUCUCGCCAAGUCUCGGCGCGGGCAGCAGCGUGCUCAUUUCGCAAUCUUCAUUCCCCAUGCCGCGUACUCAGGCCUUGACCCCAACGACAGGUCCAAACCCUGCAUCGGAACUGUGAUCCAGGUUGUUGGAGCUCCGAUGCUCGGGUAUGCUCACGAAUUUAAACGAAACUAUGACCGCGAGGACGCGGAUGGUGUGGAGACAUUCGUCCAUCUUGGGUCGGUCGGCCCAGACCAUAUUGUCGAGCCUCAGACCACAGCAAUGUCGAGGGACACGGUCGCCACGGGAUUGCUGGAAAGGAUAGCUUUGCAGGUUCCAGCGCCGGGCGUGAACGAGAACUUUAUGGCGCCGGUCAACGACACUACCAACAGGCGAUGCCAGGAAUGGACUAUGGAAUAUCUGCGAAGACUGGUAAGCCAGGGCCACAUUGAGGAGUCUGCGGUUACGAUUGCGCAGGGCGAGCGAGAUCCUCCUGAAUAUGGCAUCGGACUUCGGCGGGUUGGUAGCUAG